CUGCUUUACGGCUCCGCCAUGGUCUGCUCAGUCCACCUGCACACAACUGCGGCACGAGAGACGGAGCGCGCGCUCUUAUCCGCCGCCGCCUCCACUGAACGGCAGUUCAAACGGUCCGCCGCGAGAGGCCGCCAUUACCGCGAAACACGGCCGAGGACCGACACCGGGCAGCGGCGUCCGGUUCCGCUGGUCACGCUUAAUCCUGCCACACGGAAGCGCGAACAGCGCGUAUCCCUGGGCUCCGACGAUAAGCAGCUGCCGGCCUCUUAUCAGCCCCGCUGGCGGCCCGCCAUGGCCCCCAGAGACCCCCUGCUCUGCUCCCUGAAGGUGUGUGUCCAGAACCUGCGGUCAGGCGGGGGGGUGGUGACGGACUCCAGCCCCCAGCUGUCCCCCUGCUGUGAGCUCCUGGAGCUGGUCCUCCGGAAGGGGCUCCAACAGCCGGUUCUCAGCCUGGCACACAGAGAUUACUGGCACUGUUUUGAACAACUUCCUCACCAGGACGUCUGUGGCAGGCUGUCUUCUCUGUCCCUGGCCGUGGAGCAGACCCGGGUUUGCGGGAGGCUGCUGUCGGCUCAGGGCCGGGGCCGCUACCUGCUGAGGCUGGGCCUGAGCCGCGGGGCGCUGCCGCACUUCCUGUCCCACCUGCUGCACACCCCCCGGCUGCUGGAGUGGUACAGCCCGGCCUCCUCCAUCCUCAGGAACCAGGAGUACGCAGAGCCGUUCAUGUCUCUGCUGCUGGUGCUUUCUCACAUGGAGUUCAAACUGGAUCUGGAGGUCAGACAAAAAAAACUAGUCUCCGUCUUUCUGGAUGAGAGCUGGCUCCUACCGGUGUGUGAGGUGUAUGAGGUCGUGCCCUGCAGGGAGGUGGGACUGGUCCUGAGGUAUCUCAGCGGGCGAGUCUUCGUCCUGGGCCUAACGCCGGGGGGUCAGGCCCAGGUGGACGACGUCAUCACUGCUGGUGACAUCAUCGAUGACAUCAACGGCGUGUCACUGAGGAAUUCAAAGAGCGGACAGGCCGGCAUGGUCCUGUCACGGCUCAAAGGCUGCCCGCUGUCCAUCCGCCUGCUGAGGGCCAGGGCGCCGGACGGCACGCUGUACCGGCCCGUCGUCAAACUGCUGCAGGCGCUGAGGGCAGAGAGCCCCGGCCUGCAGCUCAGCCCCGCCCCCCCCCAGCACACGGCCGGGAGGGGCCGCAGGGACCCCGCCUCACAGUGUCUCAGAGAGGGAAGAAUUGUCUACAUCCUGGAAUUCCUGGGAAAAGCCGACAUCGGAACGUUUGGAGGCAAAGAGGUGCUGCAGCAUGCCAUUCCCCAGGUGCUGCAGCAAAACCAGCCCAGCCAGGAAGUGCUUUUAGACAUGAAGGAAACACAUUUGACGUGUACUGAGAGAAACAGCACAACGAAGCUGUUUGAGCAUCAUUAUCCAGAGAUUUCGUCUGUUGGGAGGUUUGCACAGGCAGACUACACCACGUUUGCCUUCUGUGUGGCAGACUCCCCGGAGACCCCCCAGUCCAGCGGCUUCUGCUGCGUGGUGCUCAGAGCCAGCAACGUUAAAGACUGUGAAGAAAUCGUCUGCCGUAUUGCCGCCGGCUUCAAGCACACGGAGUGGUUCGUGUGA